AUGAUUUUGAUUCUUGCUCAGCAUCUUCCCUCGUUCUUCAUCGUCUUCUUUCACUUCAAACGUAGAACGGCCGGAAAUUGGGCGGCCAUAGAAUGUCAGCAACGUUGUCACAUGGGGCAGGUCCAGCAUUUUGAAACAAAAUGGAGUAUCUCAUCGUCUCUCCCCUCCCCUUUGAGCCGAACGGAGUCUUUUUUUGUUUUUAUUUUCACUAUCACUUUCGUUUUGGCUGUAUUUCUCUAUCUCUUUUUUUUUUCUUUCUUCAUUCGUUGGUUUCUGAAUUUUCUUCAUGAACGUUUUCAAAAGGGAGGAAAAAAAGUUGGAAGCGAAGAGGAGCAGAAGGUAAAGACGAGAAAGCUAGUCGGGAUAAGAAGGAGCUUGUUCGCUUGUCGAGGCAAAGCUGAGAGGCCUUGCCGAUCCAAGCCGGCUUCCGAUGCUCUCAUUGUAACACCUAAGGCUAUAAACAAGCGGAAGGGAAGACACAUUGACACAUACAGAAGAAGGGAAAUGUUGGUGAUACAAGCGUUCGAGGACGAUUAA